UUUCUCUUACCAACAUUGAACAUAAACACUUCAACCACGUAACGGAUUGCAUUACCAACUACCGCCUGCUGUCACGGUUAUGAGAUAUAUACAUCAGUAGCAGGUAUUAUAGGCGGUUUCAUUCAUUCAUUCCCAAUCGGAUCCUGUUCACAACCAUAAGGAGCAUCAAAAGUACCAAAGGUUACAAUCUCUCAAAGACCGACGACGCUGAUCCGGCAAACAUCCAGGUCUUAUGUAGCAUCCAUCCACCCACAUCCACCAUCAACAUCCGGGUGCAAGUGAAGAUUAGUGCCCUAUACUUCCAGGCCUACUAGCUGGAGACUGCUAGAUCUACCUAGGUACCUACUUGGGGGAUAAAGCUCCAGGGCUAUUCUAUUACACCUCUAGGUGAUUAAAUCACUCCUCUCGGUGGUUCGCUCUCUUUCACACGCAAAUUCUUCUCCCACUUCCGGUAGCAUCCGAGGCCGUACUAUGUCUAUUUCAAACGUCGGCUCUGUCUUACUUCACCUCGUGGUAUUUCUGACAACUCUCGUCAACUUCCACUCGGCACUGGCUCAUGUCGAACCUGUCUUACUCGUCGGCAUUUACAUAAUCUCUAGGCUCUUCGCCCGAACUCCUGACGACUUUUGCAUGUCAAAAUGUCCAGAGUUAUAAGCAGUCAGAUUGAUGUCGAGGCCGCCCUCAAUGGCUAUGUGACACCAGGAGAGGAUUACUUUACUCGGGGUGGUUCUCCAGUCUUGUCAGUAUCGCAUCGAGAGCGGCAGAAGAGACCCCCUCCUAUUCCAUUCUUUCCACAGCCCAAUCCCGACAGUUUAGCCAGGAUGAUCUCCAAUGCCAGGAAACAUAAAGGAGGCCAGAAGAUUGGAAUUCGUGAUAGGAUAUGUUGUCAUCAAUGGACUUGGUUCACGAUGACAAUGGCAACCGGCGGCGUUGCCAACGUCUUCUACUCCAUAUGGACGCCAUACCAGGCUGACUGGCUAUGGUACAUCGGGCUUAUCUUUUUCCUCUUCAACGUAUGCCUCUUUAUCAUGAAUUGUGUCUUGAUCACGAUGAGAUUCAUCAUGGUCCCUGGGAGUUUUAUGCACUCAUUCCUGGACCAGAUGGAAUCUCUUUUCAUCCCGUCUGUGGUCGUGUCUGCCGCAACCAUCUUGAUUAACGCAUGUCAAUAUGGAAUUCCUAUGACCGGGCCUUGGCUUCAACAUACGAUGGAAUGGUUGUUUUGGAUUUACAUCGUCAUCAGCGUGUUAGCGAGUUCUGGCAUGUAUCUAAUACUCUGGUCAACUCAGAUCUUUCCUAUUCACACCAUGACACCGGUCUGGGUAUUCCCUGGAUAUCCUCUACUCCUAACUGCACCGUUCGCGAGUAGUCUUAUAUCAGCAAACAGCGUAGCUUCGGACAAUCCGCCGAUCAACAGGCUAGCGAUAGGGAUGUGUGCAAUUGCUGUACAGGGCACCGGAUUCCUCAUCAGUUUCAUGAUAUGUGCCGCAUUCAUCUACCGUCUCAUGACUCAAAAGUUACCUAGAGAUGAGCAACGUCCUGGUGUGUUCAUCUCUAUCGGACCCAGCGGUUUUACUGUGGCUGGACUGGUCUCUCUUGGCCAACAAGCCAACGUCGUCAUCCCAGAUAGUUUUCAAGGCUCGACUCAUAGCGUUAUCAUCCUACGACUACUUUCGACAAUCAUAGGGAUAUGGCUAUGGGGUCUUAGUAUCUGGUUCUUCCUCGUGUCGGUCGGCUCGUUAUGGAAAUACGUGCGUCCCGAGAGGAAGAUGCCUUUCCAAAUGACCUGGUGGUCCUUCGUAUUCCCGAACACGGCCCUCGUCACCGCGACCUUGGCUUUGGCUACAGCCCUAGGUAGCAACGGGUUCCGCAUCUGUGGGUGCGUUAUGGCCGCUAUUCUGAUUGUCGUUUGGGCCCUCGUCUUUAUUAGGAUGAUGCGGUGUCUUUGGAAUAGAGAACUACUAUGGCCGAAGGGGCUAGAGGAAGAGUAGAUGAGUAUGAGGUCAUGUGGAAAGCUGUUUAGGGUAGGGUUAUGUUUAUUGGAGGAUUUUGACGACAAAACGAUGUUAGUAGCAUAGAGACAUCAGCGCGUGAUGAUACCCAGAUACGAAUACAAUGAUUUCAAUCCCAG